GCGUUUUGUAUAUAAAAAAGUAAACUCGCUGGAGUCCACGCUUUUUUUCAACUACAAAUACAUUUCUCAAAUUCUUCAGGUUUUUGGGUCACAGCAACCUAUUCCAUAGGUUAGCAUUUCAGUGUCUUACAACCUUUGAAAUUAUGGAAGCAAAUGACUUGAUAUCAUCAAUAGAGGCAAGACAUAGAAAGGAAAAGAAAGAAUUACAAGCACAGAUUCAGGCAUUAAAAAAAGCAGCUAAAAACGAUAAAACAAAAAAGAAAGAACUACUUGCUGAAAUAGCUCGACUGGAAGUUGAACAAGAUAGCCGUCACAGAGAAGAAUUAAAGGUUGCCCUUGAACAACAUAAUGGUAAUGUAGGUGAUGGUUUUGAGUCUACUUUACAAUCAGACGAUGUUUCAAGUGAGGCAACAAAAGUUAGAGUUUCGAAGGCUCAAAAGCGUAGAGACAAAAAAAUACAACUUGAAAAGGAAAGAGAAGAGCAGAUAAAACAACAAGAAAAAGAAAAUAUUCAUGGACCUAGAAACACUGAAAAUGAAGCAAUCAAUGCAAAGUUAAAACAAAGGAAUUUGAAGAUAUAUUCUAUACCUUCUGAUGGAGAUUGUCUUUACAAAGCUGUGGCUCAUCAGUUGUUGUUGAAAAGACAAGAAAUCAUUUCUGUUGAUGUACUUAGGAAUAAAGUUGCUGAUUAUAUUAACAACAACAAAAAUGAAUUUCUGCCUUUUAUGACAAAUACCGAGACCUUAGAAAUUCUCACCAAUGAAGAGUUUGAAGAUUACUGUGAUAAAAUACGCAACACAAAGGUUUGGGGUGGACAAUUAGAAAUAAGAGCUUUAUCAAGUUCAUUGAAAUGUCCUAUUAUUAUAAUACAAGCUACAGGACCUGAAACCAUUGAACAGGGCAGUGAAUUUGUUGGAGACCCACUUACAUUGACUUAUCAUAGACAUAUGUACAAAUUGGGAGAACAUUACAACUCAACUUGCUUGAAUGAACAUGAGGAUGUGGAAGAUGAUUAAAAUCAUUAAUUGUUUAAAGUUAACAAUUAAAAUAAACAAAUUAAAAGAUAUUUAUGACCUAAUACAAGAACAUAAAAUA